GUCACGCGCACAGUGUGCGCGUUCAUAAACACAACUUUUUCCGUAAACGCAUAAAUUGUCCUCUUUCGGCCGAAGCAAAAUAGCGUGGUAUUUAUGUGAAUAAAAUAAUUUACACUUAGCUAUGACUGCAUAAAGUGGAAGAUCAACUGGUCAAACAUAACACAAACGCUUGGCGGCGAGUAUUUUACCCUAGGAAGAAACAUUACCGUGGCCGGCUUUUGUCAUGGCGAAUCGUACGGUGAAGGACGCCAAAAAUGUCCAUGGCACGAAUCCGCAGUACCUGAUAGAGAAAAUUAUACGGUCCCGUAUAUAUGACUCCAAGUAUUGGAAGGAGCAGUGCUUUGCAUUGACCGCCGAACUGUUGGUGGACAAAGCCAUGGAGCUACGAUUCGUCGGAGGAGUGUUCGGAGGCAACAUCAAACCAACGCCGUUCCUGUGCCUCACGCUCAAGAUGCUCCAGAUUCAACCAGAAAAGGACAUUGUGGUCGAGUUUAUCAAGAACGAAGAGUUCAAAUACGUCCGAGCGCUUGGAGCUUUCUAUUUGCGUCUCACCGGUUCGUCACUGGACUGUUACAAGUAUCUGGAGCCGCUGUAUAAUGACAAUCGAAAGCUGCGGAAACAGAAUCGUAUGGGAGCGUAUGAACUUAUCCACAUGGACGAGUUCAUCGAUGAACUGCUGCGCGAGGAACGCGUGUGCGACAUCAUUCUGCCGCGCAUCCAAAAACGACACGUGCUGGAGGAGAACAAUGAACUCGAGCCAAAAGUAUCCGCGCUGGAGGACGAUCUGGACGAGGAGAUGCCUAGCGAGGAUGAAGCCGUGGAGGAUUUGCCACCGCCGCCACCUACGGCGAAGGAGAAAAAGAUCGAAGCGAUCAAGGCUAAGGGAGCAAGCAAGCGCAAUGAGCGUUCCGUUUCAAGAGAAAGGCAACAGGUCGAUCGGUACCGUAACUACGAGGCCGGCAAUUAUCAUGAUCGAGAAAAUGACCGCGACAAAGAACGUGGACGUGAGCGGGAACGGGAGCGAGACCGAGAGAGAGAUCGGGACCGGGACCGAGAUCGCGAUCGAGACCGUUACCGAGAGAUGGAGCGUCGAGAUCGUCGAGAUCCGUACAAUGAGAGGGAUCGCUUCAAAGAGCGUGAACUUCGAGAUCGGGAACGAGAAAGACAGCGGCGCCAUGAGCGGCAGGAGGAGCGUGAACGAGAGCGACGCAGAGAACGGGAUCGAGAUCGGGAUCGCGAACACGAAGAACGACCCCGCGGCCAUGACCGCGAGCGUGAUUACGACCGAGAGCGAAGAAGGCGAUGAAAUAAAUCGAAAACAUAAGCCAAACAAACUGUA